UGCGACAUUUGUAGUUUGGCGAAAUCGGCUGCGUCGGAUCGCAUUGCUAUUCGUCUUGGUCUUUCUGAUCCUUCGCACUGCGCUGCAGUAUUUAAUACUUGGUGUUCUUAGGAGUCUAUAUUACCGUCACGUACAGCAUGAAUCAGAACGGCUCUGGUGAAAAUGGCAAGGGUUUCUACAGGUCUCGGUCACGGUCUCCAGUGGACUAUGACAGGGACCGCGAUUCAAGCCGCAACCGCAGGAGGUCAGACUCGCGCCCUGAUAGACGGUCUCGGGCACCCUCUGACCGGCGUGUGUAUGUUGCCAAUGUGCCUUUUGAUUGCAAGUGGACCGACAUCAAGGACCUGUUCCGGGAUAAAGUUGGUGAUGUGUCCUACGUAGAGCUGUUUGAAGAUGAAAAUGGCAAGUUCCGGGGGUGUGGGAUUGUGGAACUCAAGGACAAAGCCUCUGUGCCCAAGGCAAUUGAGGUGCUUCACAGAUAUGAAAUGAAAGGCCGAUUCCUUGUUGUCAAGGAGGAUUUUGACGUGGAGCGUGACCGCUAUGGUCGCCCAAUUCCUCGGGGACGGUCGGGUGGUGAUCGCAUGAUGGACGACCGUGGCAGCCGCGAUGGUGAUCGAGAUGGCUAUGGCCGUGGUGGUGGCGGCGGCGGCGGCGGUGGCGUUGGUUUCAACACAUACGGAUUGAGCCCUCAGUUCCUUGACUCUCUCGGUAUUGUGGGACCCCUCUCAAACAGAGUGUUUGUGGCCAAUCUGGACUACAAAGUGACUGCAAAGAAACUCCAAGAGGUGUUCAGGAUUGCAGGCCGCAUUUCAAACGUUGACCUCAGGACGGACAAGGAAGGCAACAGCAAGGGCCAUGGAAUUGUGGAAUUUGAGCACCCCAUUGAAGCUGUCCAGGCCAUCUCAAUGUUGAAUGGCCAGAAGUUGUUCAACCGAGCGAUGAGCGUCCGCAUGGACAAGUACAACGAAGAUCUCGACGGUGGGCUCCCAUCAAAGCUUCCCACUGGCCUUCAAGGCAUCGGCAAGGGCCUUGGAGCUGGUGGCAACCCUCUUCAAAUGAGUGCUGCCCAGUUGGCCCAGAUGAACAUGACGGGCCCAGUGGGCGGUGGCAUGCCCAUGGGUGGUGGUGUGAAUCCUGUAGCAGCUGCGGCUGGCAUGGGCCUGGGUGGCCUUGGUGGUAUGGGCCUGGGUGCUGCUGGUGGCCUCGGAGCUGCAGGAACUGGAGGCCUUGGUGCAGCAGGUGCUGGCCUGGGUGGCAUGGGAUCGGCUGGAGGCUUGGGCGGGCUCUCCGACCGCUCGAUGCUGGGCUCGGGCAACCUCAUGGGCGGCGGCAUGGCUUCGCCCACAGGGCUGAUGGGUGGCCUGUCGGGAGGCUUGGGUGGUGGAUCCUCGGCCUUGGGUGCUGGCAACGGUGGGGGUCUUGACUAUGAUCGGCACCUUGGCGGUGGCGACGGGUACCGUAGUCCCCGCUCUUCAGAUGCCAUCAUGGUGCAGAAUCUUCCCAUGGGCUACAGCUGGCAGAACCUGCGUGAUCGUUUCCGGGAUGUUGGGAGCGUGCGGUACACCGACAUGAAGGGACGUGGUACCGCAAUUGUGCGCUUCAACUCCGAGCGGGAUGCCCAGCGAGCUGUUGACAUGAUGCAUGGCAUCCGCAUCGAGAAUCGCCAGAUUGAUGUGCGCCUCUACUGAGCAUCGUGGGUCGUCGUGUCCUCUGUCAUCGUCAGUUGUUCUGGUCUCCCCUCUUUUCUUCUUUCCAUGGGCUCCUGUGUUUUUCUUCCAUGUUCUGUCACUGUCAGCCUUUGAUGUCUUCAUCCUGUGUACUACCGUCAGACAAGAAAAAAAAAUCCUCCCACUACUCAUGUAUAGUUCCAUCUCCUCCAUUCCACAGCUGUCCAUCGAAGCAUGAUGGCUGGCUCCAAUUACUGCGAAGCGGCUGGCCACACGUGCACUGUGUGGAGGGGAAAUGGUCCUGUCCUUCCUUUUCUUUUAAGCCUGCUUCUCUUGCUUGUACAGUCCAAGCACAUCAUCACUUUCAGUCCAGGACCUGCAAGGACAAGGAUGGUCAUUGGUUUUAAAUUUGGUCAUGUUUUUUCUUAGUAUCCUCACUUCACAAAAUAGCAGAUUUUGCCUGCGAAUGCUUGUUUACUGUUUUCUCUUUGCCAGUGGUCCCAAACUUUCUUUUCGUUAUGAGUGGUGUUGCUGAAGAAAGCUAAGAAUCAGCAAGUGGUGCGUUAGGGGGCUCAUAAACUUGACAAGCCUUUGUGACAUUGCAGCACCACGUCCUGCUUUCGAAUCAUCCUUGACUUAGUCUUUUCUAUUCUUUUAUUUUUCUUUAUAUCUUAUCCAUUGUGCAGAUGAAGUGUGCGGGGCAUUGUUUAUCUUUUUUUUAAUUGCUACUCAGUUUUGAAGUAUUUUGAAUAUAAAUUGCCAUAAGUCACAAGCGUCAACAAGUUUUUAUCCUUUCUCGUCGUUCUUUUUCUUCCUUUUGUUUAGCAUCAGAGCAGUGGCGUUGAUGGAUGCAUCCUCAUAUGUACAUUUGCACAUGCACCAGUCUGCAACUUUGGUCGGAAAAGCCUUCAGUUCAUGCUACAGUUUAGUAGUCACAUAUUGCAAGUCACCUCGCCAUUUCUGUUGAUUGUGUGGGCUGCGGCGUGGGCUCUACAAGCUAUAACGAGGCAGGUGGUCACACUUGCCGCGAAACCACCCUUGUUGCUUCUAGAAUAAAGCUUCCUUUGUCUCCGUG